AUGAAGAUUUCCUUGGAGAUUUCUGUCUGGCUGCUGACAACCUUGCUAGCUACAGGAAUCUGCCUUCAAUGUGAACGUUGUGAAAGUGCCACCCGGUCCUGCUCUGGGCCUCUGCAGACCUGCAAAGAGCCUCAGAGUGCCUGCCUCACCCUCACAGUAGAGACCCGAGUGGGCAAAACGAGGAAAGUGGCCACUUACAAAGGAUGCACCAAGCUUGAGUAUUGCCCUCCGGGGCCCUUCACCGUCACCACCACGCCAGAGGAACGCAUUCGGGGCAACUCAGAGUGCUGCUGCCAGGAUCGCUGCAACAAAGGAGCUUUGAGGUUGCCUUUGCUAAGUGAACCCAACCAAAGAUGGUGCCCUCCACGCAACUUGAGAGGUUCUACCUGCACGAUCGGUGACAAGGUUUUCUGCCACGGUCAGGAAGUCUACUGCAUCUACCUCUCUGGCUACGCUGCAGCUGGCGUUGUGGCAUUUACAGGUUCCUUGAAGUCCUGCACUGGGCACAGAGCUUGCAAAGCUGGCAUCCGGACCAUGACCGUUGGGCCUGGGAUCAUGCUGCGAAGAAGCGCCGUGUGCUGUAAGAGAGAGAGCUGCCAGAAGCAACUGGCUAAAUGUACGUAUCUCCUGUACUUGCCUGGCUUUGAAGAUGCACCUCCAGGCCUGAAGGGGGCGCUGUACUAA